UUUUUUUGGAAGAGACCAAUAAAAUGACGAUGGCCCGGUGGCUGACGGUGAAGUCAGUACUGCUGCUGGUCGCCGGUUGUUACGCUGUUGCUGCCCUGCUGAAAAGUUGUGAGCCACCUCACAACCUCAAACUGGUGAGCCACCGCUCCGAUGAAACAACGGAGCAAGGAGAGCUCCACACAAAGAGCGGCUUCAGCGUUCAACUCGCGGCUCAGAGCACAGAUCUGCGGUAUAAAGAUAAGAUCAUCAAACACCUGACAGGUCCUCUCUACGUCAGCCCAAAGUGCAGGAGUCACUUUCACAGACUUUACCACAAUAGGGACUGUGUGAUACCAGCCUAUUUAAAAAGAUGUGCUCAUCUGCUGACCCGACUGGCCAACAGCCUUCGUUGUGCAGAGAGAUGAACCCUAGAAUGCACGGUACAUAUUUAUUAUCUACAGCAGUCAUUCACCGUAUUCACUUUAGUCAUUCACAAUCAGGGUGCCUUGGCCACUGUAUAAUCCAAUUUCACUGGAUUUGUCCAAAGAUGAUGAUUUAUUCAUUGCAAACUUAUCUUUCUUUGUCUAUCAAUGCCAGCAAUAUAUAGUGACAGGCAGAACAAUGAAGUGCUCUUCCACUAGAUGGGUUAAUAAUUGACCUGUGUAUCCACAUGUACAACAGAAUCAUGCCUUUGUGUGCAAUUAAACACACACAGAUUUCACACCAAGUUCAUUGGUGAGUAAAAUGAGAUGAUGAAUGAGAUGAGAUGCAUUUUGUGAUUUUAUUUGUGGUGGUGUGCCAGGAGAUUUUUCCAAUGUAAGAUGGCUGCCUUGGCUCAAUAAACGUUGGGAAACCGUGAUCUA